AAAACAAAAAAUCCAAAUCCAAACCCAAACAACGAAACACGCUCACACACACGAAGGGGAAAACAAAACACAAAGGAGAUUAUCGAAGCUUCUCGGGUUGCACCAUCCCGCGAGCGAGAGAGAGAGAGAGAGAAGAAGAAUCGAAGGCGACGACGACGACGAACGUUGCAUCCUGAGAACAUGAGGGUUCUCUAUCGCUUCCCUUCCGUAUCCAAUAUUUCUGCUACAUGAUGUUGAAGAAGUGAUACAGAACGUAUAACAAGUGAUACAGAACUUAUUCAGUGCACAGAGAACUGGUCAUAUGGCAGCACUUGUGGCUGGAGAGUUGUCACAUCAUGGAGUAUCCGAUGACAAGCAAGAGGAAGCAUUGGGUCGCUGGUAUAUGUCUAGAAAAGAAAUUGAGGAACAUUCCCCAUCAAGAAAAGAUGGAAUUGACUUGAAGAAAGAGACAUAUCUGCGCAAGUCAUACUGCACAUUCUUACAGGAUUUGGGCAUGAGACUUAAAGUGCCUCAGGUAACUAUAGCAACAGCCAUAAUAUUUUGUCAUCGGUUCUUUCUUCGACAAUCUCAUGCAAAGAACGACCGAAGGACCAUUGCUACAGUCUGUAUGUUCCUCGCUGGGAAGGUUGAAGAGACUCCUCGUCCAUUAAAGGAUGUCAUUCUUAUUUCUUAUGAGAUCAUUCACAAGAAGGAUCCUACAGCUGCGCAGAGGAUAAAACAGAAGGAAGUGUAUGAGCAGCAGAAGGAAUUGAUUUUACUUGGAGAGAGGGUUGUACUUGCCACUUUAGGGUUUGACCUGAAUGUUCAACAUCCAUAUAAACCCCUUGUAGAGGCUAUAAAGAAGUUCAGUGUUGCAAAGAAUGCCCUUGCACAAGUUGCAUGGAACUUUGUUAAUGAUGGACUGAGGACAUCGCUCUGCCUGCAAUUUAAGCCACAUCAUAUUGCGGCAGGUGCCAUUUUCCUUGCUGCUAAGUUCCUUAGAGUGAAGCUUCCAUUAGAUGGUGAGAAGGUUUGGUGGCAAGAGUUCGAUGUCACCCCACGCCAAUUGGAAGAAGUUAGCAAUCAAAUGUUGGAACUCUACGAGCAGAAUAGAAUUCCACAAUCACAAGGAAGUGAAAUGGAGGGAAGUGCUGGUGGGGGAACAAGAGCUGCUAUAAAGGCUCCUGCAGCAAAUGAGGAACAGGCCUCAAAACAGGUUUCAUCUCAUCCAACCCCCCCGCACUCUGUUGACAAUGAUGCGGUACCAUCAAGAGGAACUGAAAACCAGAGCAAUGAUGGGAGUACAGAAAUGGGCAGUGACAUUACUGAUCACAAGAUGGACUCGGAGAUCAGGGAGUCUCAGAACUCAGAACAGUUACCUCAGAAAGAUAAGAGAGAAGCGGAAAAUGGUUCUAGAUCUGGGGCUGAACGAAUAGUUCCGGGAAGCCAGGAUAAAAUGGUUGGGACAAAGGAGGCUGUAGAAGUAGGAGGGAGGGACGAUAGCUGCGAUGUUGGUCGAAAUCUAGAGCUUCGGGAAGGUCCACUUAAUCACUCACCAAAAGAAGCUAUCAAGAUGAUUGAUAAAGACAAGGUGAAGGCUGCCUUAGAAAAAAGGAGAAGGGAACGGGCUGAAAUGACAAUUAAGAGAGAUGUAAUAGAUGAGGAUGAUCUCAUUGAGCAGGAGCUAGAAGAUGGAGUUGAAUUAGCAGUUGAGAACGAGAAAAAUAAGCGAGAGAGAAAACAGAACUGGUCCAAGCCUGAUGAUGAAGAUCAUGGUAAAGACCAUGAGGGAACUACAGAUGAUAGACACGUGAGCGUGAAAGGGCAAUUAAAGAAAGACAUGGAUGGAGAAAAUGCAGAAGAAGGGGAGAUGAUAGAUGACGCUUCAUCCUUUUUGAACCGCAAGAGAAAGAUAGAGAGCCCUCCUUCUAGGGAACCAGAGAUGAAAAAGCGGCUUGGUUCUAGUUAUCAGAAUGAUCAUGCUGAAGAAGGAAACGGGGAGGCCAGAGUUGGUUAUGCAGAUGGCGACGCAUAAGAAAUGAAGAGGAAAUCCUUAGGUGAAUAUUCUACCGUCCUUCAUUUUCUUACCUUUAUGAGGAAAAUCAUUGUUGAGAUGAAUAUUCUGCCGUCCUUCAUUUUCUUAUUGUUAUUUGGCUGCUAAUGACUCAUUAUUCUGGAUGCUCUUGUUUGCUAUACAUUCCUUAUUAUGGAACGGGAUGCCUCAAUUUUGGUACUGCCAUUAAAAAUGUUAUCCUUUUCUUUAUUUUUGGAUAACUAUAAAAAAGUUUAACAUUAUGAAUA